AAUCAAACCCCAUUCCUGUAAUGAACUUUAAGUUUAAUUUAUUCAGGAAGAAUGAAGCACACAUACUUAGUAUAUUAGCUGCGAAUUAUCGAUCUCUUCCCACAGAUCGUUCUCUCUAGAAGUGCUGUUUCGAGGUUCAUUUCUCUCUCCGAUUCGAAAAGACGGCCACUCUGCUCCCGCUAAAUAAGGAGUUGAAGGCAUGGCAAAAGCCAGAGAUAGAACUGAGGAUUUUAAGGAUGCUGCGCGACGAGCAGCAAUCAAUUUGGAAUAUGAUGAGUCCAAAAUUGCAGCGAUAAUGGCAUCUUUUAUUAUGCAUAAAUCUUUGGAAAGGUCACUGUUCACCAAAGCUGCACUUAAAACGCUUGAAAGUAUUAGAGCAUUAGAGCAGUUCCUCUCGAAGCAUAAAAAGGAUUAUGUAGAUGUACACCGAAUUACUGAAAAAGAGAGGGAUAGCAUCGAGCAUGAGGUUACAGUUUUCAUCAAAACCUGCAAAGAGCAAAUAGAUGUUCUCAAGAAUAGCAUAAAUGACGAGGAAGCCAAUUCAAAGGGAUGGCUUGGUAUAAGGAGUGACAGUUCAAAUGCCGAUACCAUAGCUCACAAACAUGGAGUGGUAUUGAUCUUAAGUGAAAAGCUUCACUCAGUAACAUCCCAAUUUGAUCAGCUUCGAGCUGUACGCUUUCGAGACGCCAUCAAUCGGGUGACACCAAGAAGAAAACUCAAGCCGAAAGGCCCUACUAUUGCAGAGAGCUCAACUUCUGGAAACAUUGACCCCAGGGAAGUAAGCAAUACUGGAAUCAGGCAGACAGAUGAUGCUCAAGCACAGCCAAUUAGAUUCCAGCAACAGCUCUUAGAUGAUGAAACACACGCUCUUCAGGUGGAGUUAGCUACCAUGUUAGACGCUGUUCAAGAUACAGAGACAAAGAUGGUGGAAAUGUCUGCCCUGAACCACCUCAUGUCUACUCAUGUUUUGCAACAGGCUCAACAGAUAGAAUUUCUGUACGAGCAGGCAGUUGAGGCUACAAAUAAUGUGGUGCUUGGUAAUAAGGAGCUGUCGCAAGCCAUCCAAAGGAAUAGCAGUAGCAGAACAUUUCUUUUGCUCUUUUUAUUUGUCCUUACCUUUUCAGUUCUCUUUCUUGAUUGGUAUAGCUGAUUUAGAUUUUUUUUCUUAUUUUUUUAUAUUUCAAAUGGUAUGGCUGAAUUAGACACUAUUAAUUGUCCAUGUUAUACGAAAUUGUACUGGGGUAGGGCUUAAAUUUAAGUACAGUACUUUAUAUGAA